GAAGUUGAAGAUAAUAGUAAAAAAUGGUGGCGUGUAAAAAAUUUUCAUCAGGAAGUUGGACAUGUACCGCAUAAUCUAUUAACACCAACAGACGGUGAACCAAGAUCCUUCAUACCUUCACUGUCUAAUAAUCCAUCAUCAUCAUCACCAGCUUUCCCUAUACAACCACCAACACCAUUAUUUGCUCAGAAUCGAACCCCGAUACCGUCUCGUUCACGCAGUGUGGAAGAAUUCUAUUCAACCAAUUGGCUAGACAAUCGUCAAUCUGUUAUAAAUGAUCCAGAUGAUCAAGCAAAAUAUUCUCAAUAUCUUCAUCGUUCACCAUCGAGCAGUAAUUUGAUUAUGCAAACAGAUAACGCUACCAUAACGUCGAUUACCUCGAAUAAUCAUUAUAAUCAACCACCUAUACCUCCACCAUUUCCAACAAAUUUUCUUAUGCAUUCACCAACGUCAACACUAUCACAUACAAUUGGUACUGGUGGUAAUACGACAUGGCAAGAUAGAGGUCGAACGACAACAUCGAAAUCACAUGUAGUCGAUGAAUUACACAAAGAACUAUUACAACGAAUAACUGAUCGAAGUGAACAUUCGAAUCUACAUCUAAAUCAAUAUUCAUCCGAUGCAGAUGUACAACGAUGGUUAAAAGAUAAAAAUCUAUCCGAAAAUCUUAUGCAUAAUUUAUAUGGCUAUGAUGGUUCCGCUCUUUUUCAUUUAUCAAAACAAAAUUUAGAAAAAUUAACAAAUCAGAAAGAAUCUGGAAGAUUGUAUGCAUUAAUUUUACAUCAAAAGAAUAUGUCUGGAUUUCGAGAUAAUACAACUGGCGAACCUUCCAAAGUAUUAGACCGCCAACGUUUAAUGGGAGAAACUGGAUUAAGCUCAUUACAAUCGAGUUUGAAAGCAUCAAGUACAAGUAAUGAUGCUGAUGAUGAUUUUUCAUUUUCCGACGGUACGAGUAGUAAAACAUUAAAACUAAAAUUAAAACAACGUCGUGAUAAAAUUGCUAUGGCUGAACAAUAUGAUCGAACGAUACUAUAA